ACAGCUGACUUCGUUAUCCGCAGCGUCUGUACUUGGUAUGUCUCUCCGCUGUCUGAAGGAUUCUAGUUUCGUGUUCGAUGAUGCUUCAUAUAACGAUCUGGAACUAGUUCACUUUCGUCUUACUGAUUCUGCCUUGAAACAUAUUGAGCAACUUGCUAGCAGUUCAGGAAACCACAAAUUUAGCAUUACGUUCAGUGGGUCCGAAGGAGUAAUUUUCUAUUAUGUAAUUAUUUCACCUCUGUAGUCAUUUAUUGUUCCUGUCGGGAAAAGCAGCAGCAGAUUUACAUUCAGUACCUCAAGCUUAACAAGUACUCACGAUGAAUCUUUCAAUUGCUUGCGCACCAAAGGGUAAGGAAUUUUCCUUAUGUAACCUACCGUUUACUCAAGAGUUUCAACUCAUUGUCUGGGAAGGAUGGUCUCCAGGAUCACGGUCAAUGCUAAGGAGGAUAGCUUCUCAGCGGCUAAGGAGCGAAUGACACAAUUAGAAGACGAAAACAAAAAGUCUCAGACAAAAGAGAUUAAAUCUGCUAAAUCCAUGGCCUCAAGAACAGCAGCACCUCAAUCCACUCACAAACAAGGCAAUCAGGGUGUGAAUUUGAAGGGAAAGGGAAAUGAAAUUUCACCUCAGAACAUAGAUUUCCCUAACGUAGCCAAUCGAGUUCAGUCCCAGAAUCCUGUCGGUUGUGGUCCCAGUCCUCCACUAUCUAAUCCAGACGUUUUGGCACGCUCACUGAGAGAACGCAUUAUUCACAUACUGGCAUUACGGCCUUAUCAGCGCCCCGAAUUAUUAUUACGGUUGUCUCGUGAUGGCCUAUCUCAUACCCAGAAAGACCAAAUAUCCGACAUAUUGUCGUCAGUGGGUCGUGUUGGAAGACAGUCGGCAUAUUACCUUAUACCGUCUGUGGUAUCAGAAUUAGAUGAAAACUGGCCAGGUUAUACUGGUGCUGAGAGAAAACGGAUCAUUUCUUUGAAGACUAGUCAGCAGUCUCAAACUCCUCCCAAAUCUCCCACUGACCGAUCUCGAACCGCUUCUCCUGACAACUCGUCCACCCCCUCUGACGACCAGUUUACUCGACGUCCAACACGAGCAAAUGCUCCUUCGGCACCUCAUGCAUUGAGUAAGAAGAUUGCUGCACUAGAUAUGUUGUGUGCAGGUGUGAGUGAUGUGGAAGUUGCCGCCCGUCUAGGAGUAUUCCGUGGACUGUUGGAUCAGUGGCGAGCCAAUGAAUCAGAACUUCGAGAGAAAUUUCGUCGACUCAAUGCAAACACAAAUUCAACACCCUCAACUCAGAUCUCCAGUUUUAAUCAACAUUCCCAGGUGUAUGAUAAGUCUGUCAGUGUUCGUCACCAAAAUCCUACUAUGUCUACUGCAAAUGAUGUUGGCAGUCAACGUUCUACUUCAACAAAUCCUGGAAAUACAAUUUCUCCCCAUAAACGUGCUAAAUUAGAUGUGCCCAAUACGCCCUCUAGUUCUGCUGACCAACAAGUAGACUUAACAUAUUCUACCUCUGAUAAAACUGUUUCAAGAUCAUCCAUUAUGCAUUCAUUUCCAAAUCAAAACAAUGAUGAUCAUAAUAAUCAAACUAAUACUAUUUCUCCUCCACUUCACGAUAACCCUCACACACUUGAUACAUAUAGUCGUUCAAAUCAACCUUGUACAUAUAAUAUAGCCGGUGGGAGUGAGGGAGAAAGUGCCGAACACACUCCAUUCUCCAAUUCAAGUACUGGUAGCAGUGGUUAUGGUGGUUCAAAUAACGGCUUAACUGCCUCUAGUGGAGUAGUAAACAGUAGUAUUAAUAUUGACAAUCGCCGUGAAGGAUUAAUAGGAUCUACAUCUCGAUGCCAUUUGACAAUGUCUGUUCAUUCUGAAUGCUUGUCUAGUCGCUUAAAAGCUGAAGAUCAAUUGUCUAAUGGUAAUACAACAAAUACACCAGCAUAUGGUAUAACUGAACAAGCUUUGUCUCAAAGUAUUGUUGGAACAGAUGGUUUUCAUGUAGGCGAUUUGAGCAGUAAAUUGGCUGAAAUCGACCGGUAUAUUCUCUUAAUUAUUUAUACAUUGUUCAUGUUUAAAUCUGUUUAUUGUAAAGCAAUAUUGUUAGAUUUGGCAUAAUAAUGAAUUGUAUUUUUUUCUGAAAGGCAGUGUUUCAGGUUAGAAUGGUAUGAGAUGUUUAGAGUUCUACUUACAUGUUUCUUUGGAUUAUCAUUAUCCUCUUUCAAAACUAUUUACAGUAAUUAUGAUACAACUUAGAAUAGAUUGUCAACUGGUUCCUGUUUAGCGUCUUGUAGAUAAUCGAUUUUUAAUACUUCAAUGGUAUUCUGUGAAUAUGUUAGUAGCAUUUUUGAUAUAAGUAAUGUUGCCACACAAUGUAUAUAUGAUUCAUGUUGUGAGAGUAUAUGUUUGAGAACCACAUUAUUGAACUAGAUAUUAAACGUAUGUAUGUGCAGACUAGGAUUUGUAAUAUCUUAAAAAUUUAUUCAUUCAUCAAGUAUUUACAGUAUAAGGGCUAUACAGAUACUACCCGGAUUGUCAAAUCGAAAUAUGCAGAGCGGGAUUCGAACCUUGAACUUAGUGAUUAAAAGUCGAGUGUGUUAAUGAAUAAUCCACUGUGAUUAUACCACAUCUAAAGGACUGGUUCUCGUUAGAUUACAGCAGCUAAAUAACUUUGAGCCUGCUAAGUAUUUUGUAAUAUUUUGAGUUAUGACAGUUAAAUCAAACCAAUAAACUGAGAUUUUCAUACAAUGGAUAGAUUUUAACAGCAUGUGAAGUUGUGAAUAUUUUUAAAAAAAAACAGUUAUAUUUAUAUCCUUUUCUUUCUUAAGGCUUUAUCCAGAAAUCUCAACAUCAGAACAAGCUUCAAUGUAUUUAGCUGAAUUUGAAUGUACCUAUCCAACUUAUCUUCGAAUGUAUCAUUCAUUCUCAGAUAUUUGGAAAACUGUCAGUAAUCUACGAAGUCAAUUAUUAGAAGCCACUAGAACUGAAGGUUUUGAUAGUGCUACUACAACCCAUUUAGCAAAUCAAUUAGAUAAAUUUAUACGUCGUUCUCGUUCACAAAAAUAUCGUGAUGAUGAAAUUCAAUUAACAUUGAUGGUACAUAAAUUACGAUUGUUAAAACAAAGGCUUGCUGUAUCACAACACAAUAAUAAUGGUGGUCGUCAUCGUGAUCGCAUUCUACCUGUUACUACUAGUGAUGAUGUAACAGGUGAUAAAAUUGAUCGUCUUCCUAGGAGUAAUAAUAAUAACAAUAUAAAAUCUAUUUCAAUGAAAUCAUCAUCUAGUAAAGUAUCUUCAAUGUCUAACAACAACAUUGCUCAAUCAUCUAAUAAUAAUGAAAAUAAAAAUAGUAGUCGUCUUAUUAAUAAUUGUUAUCGUCAAUUACUAACUGAUUCAAACGAUUAUUCAAGUCUACUCCCAUGUAAUCAAGUUUGAAAAACUACGACUAAAUAAGAAGGAAUAAUACAGCUACAGAUUUUUUUUUCUUCCUUAUCAUUUUACACCUAUUAACACUGGUAAAACUUAAUUCUCUCAAAGAUUAUGCGGUGUAUUUGACUCUCUCUCUCUCCCUCCUCCUUCUCCCCUCUCUCGUUGUCUUUCGGUUAAAUAAGUGUCUCAAUUGUCUUGCCAAUCUUUUAUAUCAGUAGUUGUUUCGUGCCGGCUAUUUCACACUUCUUAUUACUUUUUUUUUUAAAAAAAAUGUUGUCAUGAUUACAUUCAUGAUGUAUAUGGUAUUAACCUAGAGAGUAGUUAGUUGAAUGAUCAUAAUUCCCCUGUAUACAAUAAAUGGAGCAUACACAACAUUGUUCAUUUUGACUGAUAUAUGUAAGAUUUGUUUGUCUCUUUUCUUUGUGUGUGUGUGUGUGCGUCUAUGUUUUGUUUGAUUUUGUCUUUCGUUUUCUCAAUUUAUUUUUUUAAAUUUACAAUAAUCUGUGUUAUGACUGGUGUCCGGAUAUAUAUAUAUAUAUAUAUAUGGGGUAUCCUGUCGAACUUAUAUUAACUACUAGUUGUUCAAUAUCUUUCUUCUGCUUUCUUUUUUUUUCAAUUACCCUGUGUCUAUUAUCCCUUGUGUUUAGUUACUGAUGUAUCCCUUACACAGUUUUCUUUUUACAGUGAAUUAAUGAAACAGAAUACUUAAAAAGAUAAGUCACAUUAUAUUUACACAC